UAGGCCACGCCAGCGCUGUUCUGUUGCACAGCUUCCUUCCACAGUUGAGGCUUUCAGGGUGUUUUCAGCGCGGGUGGGUGUCAGCCGUGACCGACUAACUGUUGAUAACGACGGUGCAGGCAAAAAACCUUAUCAGCAUUUUCUCUAAAGUCAAGAGUCCCGCAGCGAGCUGUCGGACUCCUGCUGGCUGCGGCUCCACCGGUGAGGAGCCUCGAGGUUCGGUCGGGUCCCCGGCCCCCCGGUGUGGCUCUCCGCCGAAGUCGGUGUCAUCUUGCUCAUGUUUUCCGCUCAGAAUGGAUCACGGCAACGUCUGGAAAUGUUCGGUGACGUGAAAGAACGCAAUCCUUUACAUAAAAAACCUUUGUGUCAUGGGAAGAAGUCGUCAUUUCGUUUUUGGUUUCAGUUCCUGGUUCUUGUUUGCCUGCUGCUCCUCUGUCUCUUCUACACUGUGUGCAACAAUACACUGUCACGUGGGAAAGGUGUUUCUGUCCAAAGUACCUGCAGCUGGCUUCCUGUCCAAACUCCUCGGGGUAACGCACCGCCUUAUCGAGUCCACCCAAAACACAGACUUGCGCUAAAUGACAUGAAUGAAAACACAGAGCCACACCCUGCGCAGCAACAACCCGUUCAAUACCAUGAAGCUUAUCCGCACAACUACAGGUUUGUCAUGGAGAACGCCGAGGUUUGCAAAGUCAACUCGCCUUUCCUGGUCCUGAUGGUGCCGGUGGCGCCAAGCAACGUUGCGGCUCGGGACGCGAUCCGGGCAACGUGGGGCAAAGACCAAGUGGUUCAGGGCAAGAAGUUACUCACUCUGUUCGUGUUGGGUCUCGAUAAAACACACGACGUUGAGAAGCUCCAACAGGAGAACCAGCAGCACAACGACCUGAUCCAGAGUAACUUCCUGGACACGUAUCUCAACCUGACCAUUAAAACCAUGGUGAUCAUGGACUGGCUGGCCACGCGCUGCCCUGCAGCCGCCUACGCCAUGAAGGUGGACUCCGACAUGUUCCUGAACAUUGAUAACCUGGUGAUUAUGUUGAAGAAGCCAGGGAUCCCCCAAAAUAACUAUUUGACAGGAAUGCUUAAGGGGAAUGUGCCCGUUAUCCGGUCCAAGAACUCCAAGUGGUACGUUCCCGAGGAGAUGUACCCCGAGCCCCUGUAUCCCACAUACCCCCUGGGCAUGGGGUACGUCUUUUCCAACGACCUUCCCGCUAAAUUAGUGGAGGUCUCAAAAUCUGUCAAGCCUUUUAACAUAGAAGAUGCUUAUAUUGGGAUGUGCAUUAAAAAGCUUGGACUUUCACUUACAUCUCCUCCAGAUUACUCUCAGUUUAGGGACUAUAACACAAGAUACGAUCGCUGUGAAUUCUCUAAAGUCAUUACGUACAUUCUUGAUUCUUCAGAACAACUGAUCCAUUAUUGGACAGACUAUAAGAAGCCUGGACCUCACUGUAAGGAAUCUGGCUAAUCAAAAUACACGUAAAACAAACUUUAAUAGUGAUAUCUGAUUUACUUUAUAUUACUUUUUAAUGAUUUUUUUUUAUGUUAUUACACUGGAAUAUUUUGUUUGAAUAUAUUCACUCUAAAGAUAAUCUUUCUUUAUUGUGUGUUUUUUUGUUUCACUUCUUCAUCCGCCUGACAGAUUUAUGUUUCUCAAAAACUUUUGCAACUACUGCAUGUGGCAAAAGGUUUAACCUAGUCGAGUUUGUGUUUUCUGUCGGCUUCAAAUGCAGCAAACGCCCUGCAAAGUUUGGAAUCGGAAUCGGAAUUAGCAGCUUUCUCUUGAAGUCUUUGCUACAUCACUUCCUCUGUAAGGAAGUAAGGAGGACCUGUUUACAUCUUCCUGAAGUUACAAUCCGCCAAGUGGGUUGUAGCGUUGUGCAGUACAGAGCACGUUAAAAGAAAAGGUCUUGGUGUAUAAUAUCUGUAUCAAGCUUGGAAAGUUCCACAAAAAUGCUUUUUCUGUGUCCAGCCGUCAUUCUACCACACUUUAAUUAUCACGAGUAUAAAAACUGACUUGCAAAUAAAUGUAUUGAGAGAGGAACUUUGA